AUGGGGCUAAGUCGCCGUGCAAAAGCCGCCGAGGCCGACUCGGCAAUUGCUGCGUCCGUCCCGUCUCCCUCCUCCACUUCUAUCUCCUUGUCGGCUCUGUCCACAUCCAGGUUUCUGGCCUUUUUCCACAAGAAACAGGACUCGGAAGCCGAAGCCUCGGACAAACGCCGCGCUGUUCAAAGUAUCAAGACGCACCACAAGUCGUCCAAGCACGAGCGGAUGAAGCACUUGAGCAGGAGCCGGAGCCAGAGCUUUGGCAGUGGAGAAGAAGAAGCGGGAGAGCGGGACUUGUCUGGGGACGUCAAGUUGAGUUAUUCAAUGCCCCGUCAAACGACAACCACGACCACGACCACUGCUACUGAAGAGGUCAGUCAUCGAGUUGCAGCACGUGACAUUGCGGCGCCUUGUAUUGGAGUCUUCCCACAACGCUCCCGUCGUUCGUCGUCGCUGCAACAUUUCAACCGCUCGUCAUUGCAGUCGACGUCACCAAGAGGUUCGGCGGACAGAGAGUGCAGGUUGGAGCUGGACGGUGGAGACUUUUCUCGUUCUCGACGCUCGUCGAGCGAGAUAAUGGGGCGCGAGAGCUCUGUGGACGAGUUCUUUUCGAGCUUCCCACGAGACUUGACGGCCGAUGUGCGGGUGACGUGCUUGGUUGUGAACGUCAGACGGUCCCAGCGCUACGUCCGGAGUCUUAUUGCGUCGCUGGAAUUCGAGAUUCGAGCAACCAAGUGGGCUGCCUACUUUCUCCAGAUUGUGCACACUGCACGCCUGGAGAAGCGCCUUUCGGUGCGAGCGGCUCUCUCGAUCAAGUGGGCGAUUUGUGCGCACGUACAGGGUCAAGAUCAAGCACGACUGGAAGCGCAAAAGAGGUCUGACUUGACGCUGCAACGGAAAAUGACCGAGUAUCGCGUUGCACUGCAGUGUGUUGCAGGCACGCACGUUGUCAAGUUCGGUCGGAAGGGCAAGCCUCAUGCAACGUCGCUGUGUGUGGAGAAUGGCGAUACGCUGCGCUGGACGUCCAAGUUGUUGGCUCAUGCUACGCAUCUUGCUGCAAAUGGUGUUGCAGCGACGACGACAAUGGGCAAGAAGCGAGUGAAGGCCAAGAACGUUGUCCCGUUGGCAAGUAUCGUUCGAGUCACUUCUGGUCCAGCUACGAGCGUGCUAGCUCGAGCAUUGCACAAAGGCACACUAGCUUUGGCCGAUGCAGGCUGCACCAUAUCUGUGGUAACGCACACACGUACAUUGGAUCUCAAGGCCAAGACUGUUGAAGAACGCGAGUGGCUGCAGCGUAGUCUCGAGUUUCUAGCAGAUCUUGCUCGUGACCACGAACGACGAGUGGCACAGCAGGUGGAGCUUACGAUUAUGAAGCGGAUGGAAACGUUCUCAGUGUGGAAAUAUGGCCGCAAAGGUCGGCCGCACAAGACACGGGUCUCGAUCGAUCGAUUCGGGGAAGUAUCGUGGCUCGGUCGUAGCGGAGAUUCACUUCAACUUGAUGAGAUCAUCUCAGUAGAUGAAGGUCUCCAUACACCUGUGUUUGCAAGAGCUCAAGCAGCUGGAUCAGUGUCUUCUGCCAAGGCAGCACGCUGUUUCUCGCUGGUGACAGCACUACGGUCUUUGGACAUCGAAGCAAUGAAUGAGCAACAACGAGAUUGGUUUGUCGUAGCAUUUCGGUAUCUGCUGGACAAAGUGCACGAGAAAACGGCUGCAAUGCAACGUGAGCGGGCUGAACGACAACUUCGGAUGCUGCAGGAUCUCUGUCGCGAAGAUGGUGGGGAUGACAGUUUUGCCGGUGACAAUGGUGACGAAAUGUACUACGAUGACUGCUCAUCAGCACGGCAUCGAUAG